GUAAGAAUAAAUAAAAUAUAUUAAAAUAUAUUAAAAGGUUAAAAAUAUUAAUAAGAGCAAAAUAAGUUUUCUUAAGCAAAAAUGAAAGAGGGGAAGGGGAAUCGGAAUCGGAAACGAGAAGGAACAAAGAAGGAUUGGAUCAUGCAUGAGUACGUCUACCAUCAAAAGAGGCCGGCACCACCGCAGUGGCGGGGACCUGAUCUGCAACUGCUGCCGUUCUGCUUAGGACCAGAUUCGCAGCUAUCGACGUCUUCAAAGCUACAAAAGAUUGGUGUAGCCGCCAAAAGAGUUCAAGAACAGUAUGCCCCCACAUUGUAUAACGAGGAAAUUCAAGAAACAAGGGAGAUGAUCAAUAAUACUGGAUUUGAAUGGUCAGAAGUUGUAGUUGGAGGAGUUCAUCAAGAACCCAUGGUGGAGAAAGAUUGUUGGUUUCAGCAGCGGCAGCCAGAAGAGCCGUUGGAUGAGUACGAUGCCAAAGAACUGAAAAUUGAUUCAGAGGCAUUGGUGGUGAGUCCAUUACAGCAACAGAAGGAGGAGCAGACCUUGGAAAAAUGUGAUGAUAAUUUCAAUACGGAAUUGAGCCUAGGUUGGAGAUCAAGUGAGAGCCAGCAGAGUAGCCGAAACCACUGCAGCAGGCCCCAGCAGAAAAGGCAGAGGGAAGAAAUUUGACUUUAGUCAGCUGCCACUGGAUGAUAAGGAAUUUGCUUGGAUGGAAAAAGAAUUUGGAACUCGAAGUCUUGGAGAUUUGUGGAUGAUCAGGUCUGGUACGGGAUGGGAGAAGAGUAUUAGGAACUCAAAAUCUUGGUGCAGUGGAACCAUUUUUCAAACUGAUAUAUAUGCUCAUUUUGAGUCUUAAAAUAAAUGGAGAAUUGGCUG